AUGAACGAACCCCCAAGAUUCUGCUUCCAUGACAUUACACAAGACCCAGGUAUCACAAUAAACUUCUCAAGUAAGGACCAGUUUAUACAUUUUCAUGAAGAAUUCAUUAAAAAUCUUUCAGUAAUAGAGCAAGAUCUUCCUGGCUACUAUAAAAUCAUUAGAAAGAUGAAACCGAUCGUCAAACAGAUAGAAUCAUGCAAGCAACAACUCAACCCUCGUCAAAAUGAAAUGUCUCCAAUCGAUUUUCAACAAAUCGAAAAUUACAACAGCGAAGCCCUCGAAAAACUUACAGAAGAUUGCGGAGGACAGCAAUGCAAUCUCACAUUUGAGGAAGCGCUUCAAAGUAAUGAAAAUCUUUCUCAAUUCGUUUUACAUAAUAAGAUUCCUGCUUCUCACAGAGCCAAAAUAUGGUGCAAACUUGCAUACAUAGGCAAUUUACCACAACUUAAUCCAGUUAUUUCUGGCUAUUACGAGACAAUUAAAAAACAAUGGACAAAUUUGAAGCAAUCACAGCUUAACCGUUGCAAACAAUUCAACUCCAACAAAAAUUCAGUACAAAAGGACAUCAAUUUCAAGAAACAAUUGUUUUUUACCGUAAUUCCAGAUCGUCAAAUUUUGAAAUUAGCCUUUAACGUACUGAUGUCUCUUUGCCAGACAUUCUAUGAGCUUCAUUCAUACAGAUUGGAUUUAAUUUACAUGAUUAGAGUCUUCCUCGCCAUGUUUACGAGAAAAAUGAUUAAAAAUUCUGACGGAACAUAUUCAUUCAUCGUUGGCGAGAACAUGAUCAUGAGCCAGGAAGCCUUAGAAGCAGCAAUCUACUGGUCAGUCAUCGUUCUUCUCGAAAAAGCCGAAGCAAGAAUGUUUUUGACGGGCGGCCAAGAAUACAUUCAAAAUACAGCAGUUGUUUUCAAUCAGGUAGUCAGCAGAUUUUCACCUUUGACCCUGGAUCUCGUUCGUUCUAAAGGUCCUCCGAAAUAUGACACAUUGUAUUCAAUUUUCUGCACUUCUUUCUGCAAAUACCUUCCUUUCUGCGACUGCGCUGAUAUUUUGAUCAUUGGAAUCGCUUCUGGAAAUAUUAUUUCAUUUUUAUCUUAUUUAACAGGAAUUUCCUUCCUUUAUUGCGUACCAACAAUCCUUCAUCUUCCAAAAGCUGUAGACGUUGGAGAAGCUGUAAUUGAAGCUUUCCAAUCUGAUGAAAACGAUUUAUACUCGCUUUCAAAGAUUGCUUUACAGGCAAUCAGAGAAAAUGUCCUCUAA